AUGUUCCAGUGCACUGACUUUGGAAAGAGCUUUAACCAGUUACACAACCUGAAAAAAAACACACCAUUCACAGUGAAUAGAAACCAUACAUGUCUUCUGUGUAAACAAGGCUUCAACUCAUCAUUCAACCUGGAGAGACACGAGGAUACCCACACCACGGACAGACCGUGGAAAUGUGGGGACUGUGGGAAAGGAUUCAAUUACCCAUCUGAAUUGGAUAUUCAUCGACACAGUCACACUGGAGAGAGGCCAUUCACCUGCUCUGAGUGUGGGAAGGAAUUUGCUUACUCAUCCAGUCUCUACACACACCAGCGUGUUCAUACUGGUGAGAGGCCAUUCACCUGCCUUGAAUGUGGGAAGGGAUGUAAUGCUUUAUCAAACCUCCUGAUUCACCAGCAGGUUCAUUCUGAGCAGAGACCUUUUCAAUGUUCUGACUGUGAGAAGAGCUUUAAAAGCACAAAGGACCUGCAGAGACACCAACGCAUUCACAUGGAUGUGAGGCCUUUCACCUGCUCAGUGUGUGGAAAAGGAUUCACUCAGUCAUCUCACCUUCUGACACACCAACUUGUUCACUCUGAUCAGAGACCUUUUCAGUGUUCUCACUGUGAGAAGAGUUUUAAAAGUAAAAAUGAUUUACAAGCCCAUCAACGCACUCACACUGGGGAGAGGCCGUUCACCUGCUCCCUGUGUGAGAGACAAUUCAGACUUUUAUCCCAGCUGCUGACACACCAGCGAGUUCACUCUGAUAAGAGACCAUUUCAAUGUUCUGACUGUGAGAAAAGCUUUAAAAGCAAACAGGAUCUAGUGACACACCAGCGAGUUCACACUGGUGAGAAGCCAUUCACCUGCUCUGUGUGUGGGAUGGGAUUCACCCGUUCAUCCCACCGUCUGAGGCACCAGCGCGUUCACACUGGGGAGAGGCCAUUCAUUUGCUUUGUGUGUGGGAAGGGAUUUGCUGAUUCACCCCACCUUCUGAUACACCAGCGAAUUCACACUGGGGAGAGACCUUUCACUUGCUCUACAUGUGGCAAGAGAUUCACUCAGCCAUCCCAGCUCACUGAACAUCAACUUGUUCACACUGAUCAGAGACCUUUCAAAUGUUCUGAUUGUGAGAAGAGCUUUAAAAGCAAGAAGUAUCUGCGAACACACCAGCAAAUUCACACUGGGGAGAGACACUUCACCUGCUCCGAGUGUGGGAAGGGAUUCACUCAGUCAGCCCACCUUCUGAGACACCAGCAGGUUCACACUGGGGAGAUGCCAUUCACUUGCUCCGUGUGUGGGAAGAGAUUUGCUCGUUUAUCCAACUUGCUGAGACACCAGCGAAUUCACACGUGACUCCACAGGUUGGGUUCUGCUGAUGUUAACUUCCCUGAUAACUGGGCUGCAGCUUAAUAUUCUGGACAGAGAUCAAAUAAAUCUUGAUGACAAGCCAACUGAUCAGCCAGAGUCUAUCUGAAUGGCGGAGCAGGUUCAAAGGGCUGAAUGACCUGCUCCAGUUUCUGUGCAGUUUCUACCAAGACUUCUCUCACUCUCUAACUCUGCUCCAGUGCUGGUUUCUGGUGAACUGUAUUCUUCCCGGUUCUCCCAUGACUUUCCAUUCAUCAGCUGGUGUUUGAGUCCAAGUUUAUUAGGAGCAGGAGAAGGCCAUUUAUACACUCGAGCCUUUUCUGUCACUCAUUGUGGUUAUGGCUGAUCUGUGAUCUAAUUGCAUUUACCCAGAUAUUUUAAUCCUGGUUUCCCCAGUCUGUUACAGUUUGAUUGAAAAAUAACUUUCAUUUACAUCUCACCAUUAGGAGAAUGUCCCAAGGCGAGCCAUAAACUGACAUCCAAAAAAAGAUUGACACGGAGUCAAAGAAGGAGAUUUUAGGAGGGCUAGCUAAAGGCUUAGUGUAGUGUAAAGGGUUAUUAUUAAAUAUGUAAAUCUUCUUCAUCAUCAGUAAUGUAAGAUCAUGUGAUAAGUGUGCUGAGAAAUGGUUCUAUGUGAAGCCUCGUGCUCAGCCUUGUACUGUACAUAGAAGAACGUGCAAUGAAAGGUUAAGUUUAUCAACAGCCUUGCCCCCAGCAGUCUCUAUCGAUCCUAACCAAUUUCCUUGUCUGUUUGAUCUAAACCUGUCCGAAUGGUGUUCACCUCAAUCACCAAACUUACUAAUUAGCCCAGUUACAUUUUCCUCCAAAUCAUUUAUAUAUACUACAAACAGCAAAGGUCCCAGCACUGAUCCCUGCGGAACACCACUAGUCACAGCUCU